GUUGCCGUCAAGUAUCAAUCGUCUUGAAUGUCCAAACACCAAACACACCGUUCGUCGUUGGCCCAAACUCGAUUAAAGCCUCACUCAUCACUCUUCUCACUCCCAAAUUCUUACAUCAAAUUGGGUGACCUAAAUUUUCGGACUUGGGUCCAAAUUUGAUCAUCAGAUCCCCGGAGUGGUGUUAUUUUUUUUUUGUCCCCCUCUCGACCUUCUUGAUAUUCCGAUAAUCCGAUCAAGGCUCACAUGGGUUUCUUCUGAAGAUGAAGUACAAAAAUGUCAGUGGCACAAAUUGAAAAUAUGGGCACAUUAAGCAGUGAUCUCUUCUAUGACAUACUAAGACGCCUCGAUGGUGCGACCCUAGCAAGUGCAUCAUGUGCAUGUGCAGCAUUUAGUUCCAUGUCAAAAGAAGAAAGGUUAUGGGAAGAUGUAUGUUCUUCAAUGUGGCCUUCAACAAAAAGAGAUGAUGUCAAAAACCUGAUAUUAUCAAUUGGAGGGUUUAAAAAAUUCUAUGGAGAUUGUUUCCCUCUUAUUGUAAACAAGGAGGUUCCCGAGUUUAGAUGGAGUGAUUAUCCCGAGUAUACAGAAGAACUGACUGAAGCCGAAUAUUAUGGGGAUUUUGAUGAAUUUGAAAAUGUUUCGCCUUCUGAUUUUGUGUCGAUGGUGGACAUUAAAUAUAAAGAUAAAAUAAUCUGCUCGAAGGUUAUUUGGGGCAUACCGAAUGCAAAUGGUUUUGAUGGUUGGUUUUCUAAUUGUCCAUUUCGGAUCGAUUUGUUUGACUUCACGGGUCAAGGCGAUGACCACACGGGUGGAGUUACUCUUUCUGUUACGGAUGGUUUGCCUGUGGUAACCUCAAUGGAGAGAGAGAGAAAAGACGGGAAACUUUGGAAACAGCUUUGCGAUGGAAUCAGGCUGAGUUGGAUAGUGGUCAACACAAAAGUCAAACAAGCAGCCAAUUUAUCAAGCUGGAGUCCGUUGACCGGUCAAAGACACUGGCCUACAGACAAAGAUUUCAUGCUAAGAUUCGGGUCAAUCCUCCCAGCCAAAGACAUUCUUUCAUGUCAGAUGGUGGAAUGCAUCCUCGCCAUGAAGUUUCAGUUAGAAGACAUGGAAGGUGCACAUGUUAAUGGGAGGAACAGUUUGCUUGUGCUUAAACAAGGGUUGAGGUGUGACAGAAGCAAGAAUUAUAGCUUGGCGCUUGAGUCUUGUUAUUUGUAUUCCAAAGUGCAGAGUGAGAUUAAAGAAGAAAAGCUGCGAUAUGAAAGUUGGUUGGAUCGAUUGUGGAUUUUUGGUGGCAUCACCACGUUUUUCGCCUUCUUAUGUUGCUAUUUCAUGUGA